GGAUCGUCUCCAGUCCUACUCGUAACGGCUUCCCAUUCGUAUAAGGCUAUAGUGCUCUUGCUCGUUCCUCACCAGUAUUUUUUAACUGGCUCUCUGCGUUGGUUCUUUUUAAUCAUUUCAAUUUUUGUUGUUUUAAACUUAGUCGCCAAUUAAUUUGAUUACGUGUUUUCGAAAAUAACAAGCAAAAGACAGUGAUUGAAAAAACAAAAAGCGGUUCACGGCUAUUAUGAAAUCUUGUUAACGGAUCGCCAAAUUUCCAGCAUCCGUCGUUAGCCAGAAUGAACUUCAAGAAAAGAGUAGCAGCUGUCGUCUUGGUUACGGCAAUGUUGACCGCAACGGUGUACUGCCAGCAGCAGAAACAAUCGCCGUUGUCAUCGGCCGUACGUCAACAACGACCGGCAGCGGCAACGGUUCCACCACCCGCAGCCAUCAAGAAGGAGGGGUCCAAUUUCGACCAGCAGCGGUUGAUUGCAUUGUUCGGGUCAGAGGCUCAACCGGUAUAUGGUAACCGGGAUCCUACCACUGGUCGAGUCGUCCUCGAAGCGGCUCCGAAUAACCCGGCUCCAACCGGAAACCGGCCAGCCAAUCGAUUCACUCCGCCAGCUGACGAUGCCAAAGAGGAAGUUCCACCGGUAGAGGCCGAAGAUGCGAUCGAUCGCAAGGAUACCAGAGUGCCAGAAACGAAUGAAAUCAAUCCUUUCGAAUUGCUUCCGCCUCAGUUUCACGAUUUGCUGAACAUUCCCCUUCAUGAUUAUGGCAAUGGAACCACUUACAAUCCUUACGACAAAUUCAAACUGCCUCUCAAGAACAAAUACCCGCUCGUUUCCACUGGAUACGCCAAUACCAAGUAUCAGGGUUCACCCAGUACGACGACAGUUAAACCAAUCAAAUCUGCCAGCCAGCCGGUGAAGUCUAGCGCUGGUCAAGCGCAGAGUGGCUACGAUUACGACUACGAUUCAGCGGACUACGCUCCAAUCAAAACUACCCGAAGGCCUUCGUCGAAGCCCAAAACGACGACGACGACAAUCAGGACGACAACUGUAGAAGAUCAGCGUUAUCAGGAUCAGUAUUCAAACAGACCAACCACUAAAAAGCAAAGAGUCCGUCCAUCGGCUGACGUUCCAAAAGAACCUGAAACUUUUGAUUAUCGACCAAAUUACCAAGCUGAAAGUACACGCAAACCAUUAGCCCGGCCUCAGAGUUACGACGAUACGCAUUCAGAUGAAGGCCCAUCGACCCACAGACCGGAGAAAAGACCGGAGAACAGGCCAUACAGACCAGAGACUAACCAGGAAUACGUACCAGACAACAGACCAGAUGGCAGACCAGAUAGCAGACCAGACAACAGACCAGACAACAGACCAGAUAGCAGACCAGACAACAGACCAGACAACAGACCAGACAUCAGACCGGAUAGCAGACCAGACAACAGACCGGACAGUAGACCAAGCCAAAGGCCUUCUGAGUUUUCCUACGAAGAGACAUCACAUCAACCUGCAGGUGAUGAUUGGCCUCCUCGCCAGGAAGAGUUUAAGCCGUACAAGCCAAGUAGCCGUCCAGCGUUUGACGGAUUUAGUCCGUACAAACCAGACAGUCGACCGAAACCAGCCAAGGAGGAAAAAACACCCACUCAUCCACCGAGACCGAAUUAUUCGGUAGUUGCAGGGUUGGACAACAACGAUCGCGAGCCCAUUUUUACACCCCACCAGUCGUAUCGGCCUCUUUCUGACGACCAUAUAGCCGAAAUCAAAGUGACACCGAAGCCAUUUUUCGCUGCGAAUGAAAAUCAGAACUUCGGUCAACAGCAACAGCCGCAGAUCACUGUCGGACAAGUGGACGAUGUGCCCGACAUCAUCUACGAUUACGAUGAUGAACGUAGCAAAGGGGAAGGUGUCCUGUUCAUGUUUGACAAUGGGCCUUCUGGCGUAGCUUCCGGCCCGGAUUUGUCCAGCACAUCGGGCGUGACCCAGAAACCAGCAGCUGUCACGCAGAGUCCUGUGGCCAGCCCUUAUCCAACUGUGGCCAGUCGAGAUCCACGACCACCGCAAAUUUUCAGCCCAGCCUUCCGGCCUUCUGCUCCCGUUCGUCCCUCAUCGGACAGUUCGUUCCUGCCUCCUCUGCCAUCCAAUCAGAGAUUGCCAGACAGUUGGAAUUCAUUCCCUCAGCAGAAACAGCAAGUCGGCAACGAUUCACCUCGCCCACCGUUCCGGUUCCCAGCCGAUCAUCAACAGAACGCCAAAGAGAACCAGCCACCCAAUAUCCUGCCACUCUUCCGUCCUAAUACGAACCCGACAAACGAAUUCCAGUUUAUCAAGCAUCCGCAACAGGUUGAAUUCAACAGACAGCAAACGCAUCAGCUACAACCAGGACAACAGCCAAACUUACGGCCGAAUGGACAAGGAAGUCCAUUGAGAGAACAGCGACCAGGAACAGUUAAUCCGCUUCCUUCCGCUUUGCAAUCGCCAUUUUCUUCCAUCUCUCAAGCGGUAGCCAACUUCUUCGGUCGUCGUUCGGGGCAUUCGACAGGUACCCAGCGAUCCGGUAAUUUAAAUCCGACAAAGAAAAUGGAUCGUUCCGGCAUUGCGGAGCCCGCUGACACGGAAGCGGACCUGGACAUGGCAGAAAGCAACAGUGGCUCUUUCGUUCUUUUCAGCCGACCAGAUCAGCCAUUGUUACCUUCACCCAUCUCCGUUGAUCGGUCUGGAUUAAGCCUCCAGCUUCCGCAGCAACAAUUACCUCCAAAUCUGGGUGCAACUCCGGCUGCUACGCAUCCGCAAGUAGUUGGAAUUCGGGCAUCGCCGGAAGAUGGUGCUAGCAAACCACCAGCUUUCUACGUUUACACUACCCACGAGCUCGAGCAAGGAAAACCGCCCUACCUCGUCGUUGGCCCUGUUCUUUCCGGUCCGCCGAACGUGGCCGGCGCCCAGUUAGUUCACUCUGUGCCCGCCACUCCCAUUAAUUCUCCUGGAAGCCAACGACGAAGCGAUUUUUUGAACGAUGCACCCAACCGUCCGAAUUCUCUGUCAUUCCCAACAUCUAAUCAAGAAGAAACCCUGGCUCCUCGUCAACCUGAAAUUGCCCCCGUCCGGAAACCAUUUUUCCCUAUUUCUUCCGGAAGUAAUAACAAAGAAAGGCCCGACCGUCUUCCGUCUGGAUUGUCUCCACCUCGUCAAAACCCACCUCCUCAUCGUAGACCUCCUCCAGGAUUUUUAUUCCCAGAGAUUCCAUUGGAGGCAGACUCAGUUCCACCGCAAGGCAUCAGCCCCGUAUCGCAAGGCAUUCCGCCUCCGCGAGUUCCGUUGAAUCCUCACAAAGACGUCGCUUCGCUGUUUAGUAACCCGACAUUGCUCCAUAGUCGGCCAAGCGAAGAAGCUGUCGUCCAGGUCACUCAACAACCGAAGGUGCCAGAGCAAGCUGUGGCUGUUAAGAAUCCUGAUCCACCCGUCGGCGUUGCAUCCGUUUUGAGCGUCCCGCUAUACGAAACGACGGUGACGAGCACAGUGAAACCGCCCAAACGGAAGACGACCAAGUUACCAUCACGGACGACUACGGCGCCUGCUUACAUGGAAUCAUUCAAUAACCAACAGCCAGUCACGUAUGCAACUAUCCAGCAAGAGGAUGGUAAGCAGAUUGCCGUUGUUCAUCCAGCGUACAUAGUUACGUACAAGAGCCAGCCUGGACCACCGGAAUUGCUCGACUUGGACGCUCCUUUCGUGCCUUCGGUGGAGAGUCCGUCGGAAAUCGGGGAAAUGUCCAGCAUUCCUUUCGAGAAAUGGCACGCCCUACCGCAAGAAAUCGAACGUAAAGGUGAAGAGUCGCCCAAAGAGACUAGCCAUCGUGGUGUAGGAGACAGUAGCCAAAUCGGUCAUCAAUCCAGUGGAAGCGAUCAAUUAAAAUAUUACGGGGGAUUUCUCCCACUCGUCCCCGGACAGAAAUGAUUCAAUUGAAGAAACUUAAAUUAUGAUCUGAUUAUUUGUUGCGCUAUUUGUUUGUUUAUGACAGUUUGAUAUAAAAAAAACAAGAAAAAAAAAACGUUCUCUUAUUCUUUUUUAAAGCCGAUAUUUUUUAUUUAUUGGGUUUUCUUUAGUUCGAUUUGGUUAAUGUUGGGCGCAUUCGGUGGCAUUCUUUAUUUAUGUUUCUUCAACCAUUGUGUUUGAUUGGUCUGGCCAAAAUUUUCAUUACGUGGCCGCCUACAACCAUCACUUGCGAAUUUGCCUCUUUGUUUAUAUAUUUCCCAACAGAACGUCAUGAUUCACAAUACACAGAGUCAGUUCACUUGUA